AUGGCGAUCCCCCCGCCCGUGCGGGAGCGCAAGCAGGUCAGCAGCGGUUGCCACGGGAGCCGCAUGCGGGGAGCCGCCCGCAGGCUCCAACUGGCCAGGCUCAACAGUCGCGGGAGGCUUGAAACUGCUGACCCUGAAGAAAUGCGUCGUGGCAACAAGGGGGAUGAGAAAGCACAAGCUUGGGGGCGGGAGGCUCUUCCUUUUGCUAUGGAGUCUCGUGCCAAUCAAAAUCCCCCUCAGAGGGCUGUUCUUGGGGUGCUGACUGAAAAUGGGCAGUAUCUGAGAUCUUGUGGCCAGGGAACUACCACCAUGCGAUGCUUCUCCGGAUCUGAAAAUGUCUUUCCUGUUCCUGGAAAGAAUGUGUUGCCCACUUGCAUGUCCUUGAAGCAGGGCUUCACUGUUUACGUAGAUGAACUAGAACAGAAAAAUACCUCCAGCGGUGCUGCUAUAGAAGAGGUGGAACCAAGUAUGUGUGAAAUUGACACCACCACACUGAAACCUAGCUUUCACCUGCUGUUGGACUUGAGUACAGUGUCUCCAAUGCUGGUUGAUACAUCGCUGCAGUCACAAAAGGAAGAUCACCAUCGUCACAAAGUGGAUGUCGUAGGCAUUGUAGAAUACGCUGAAGAUAUUCAUUGCUAUCUGAGAGAGGCUGAAGUCCGGAACAGGCCAAAGCCAUGCUACAUGAGGAAGCAGCCAGAUAUCACUGUCUGUAUGCGCACAAUUUUGGUGGAUUGGCUGGUAGAAGUUGGGGAAGAAUACAAGCUUCACACAGAGACUCUGUACCUUGCUGUAAACUACUUGGACCGCUUUCUCUCUUGUAUGUCUGUCCUUCGAGGAAAACUUCAGCUUGUAGGAACAGCAACAAUUCUUCUAGCUGCGAAAUAUGAAGAAAUCUAUCCACCAGAGGUAGAAGAAUUUGUAUAUAUAACAGAUGAUACCUACACCAAAAAGCAGUUACUGAGAAUGGAACACUUGCUUCUUAAAGUUCUGGCUUUUGACUUGACAGUACCAACCAUCAACCAGUUUCUUCUUCAAUAUUUACAGAGGCAUGUUGUCUGUCUCAAGACUGAGAAUUUCGCCAGGUAUGUAGCAGAAUUGAGCCUACUUGAAGCUGAUCCGUUCCUGAAGUAUCUUCCCUCACAAAUGGCAGCAGCUGCUUACUGUCUAGCAAAUUAUACCGUGAACAGGCAUUUCUGGCCAGAAACUCUUGCUGCUUUCACCGGAUACUCGCUAAGCGAGAUAGUGCCUUGUCUGAGUGAUCUGCACAAAGCGUGCCUUGAUGCUCCUUAUCGGCCACAGCAAGCGAUAAGAGAAAAGUACAAGAUGACAAAGUACAUGCAAGUAUCCCUCCUGGAACCGCCAGCGGUCCUUCCUCUGCAGUGAACCGCACAGAAACAGAAGCACUUGCCUCUGAUCAAUAGAGUUGAUCGUCCCAGUGUU